AUGGAUGUUCAAAAGAGCCUCCGCUGCGGCUGCUGCAGCGGCUGCCGGGGCUGCGGCGCAGGCAACGGACAGCCGCUGGCGGUUGGCGAGGUGUCCGCGCGACAGGGACCCGGAUCCUAUGCGGUUAUUCGCAAGGCGCAGGCGCCCCUGCCCCGCUGGCUGGCGGUUUCCAGCGGCCGGUUUCCAGCGGCUGCGGGACGUUCCCUAGAAGGAGCCACGGGGUUGCGAAGAAAUCCACCCAGAAGGCCUGUCAGAUCCUGGGAGGAACUACUCCUCCCUGCAUGCCAUCCUCGCAGCUCUGCAGAGUGUCUCCAUUCGCUGCCUGAAGAGGACAUGGGACAGAGUUUCCAGGAGCGGCCCUCAAAUAAACUUGCCACCCUGGUGAGGAAGCUGCAGAGAGCACGGCAUGGGCUGCCAAAGAAGGGGAAUGAGAUCAACUACUCCAAAAAGAAUAAGCUUCCCCAACCCAGGCUCGGUGUGCAUCCUGUGCCUCUCUCCUGGAGAGGAGUCCUCACUGAUACCAUGCUGCUCCAGGCGGCGGCAGAGAAUUACUGCCUAGGGCCCCAGCAUCCAUUCACGGCCUGGUUCUGGUCUGUGGAGCGGCUCAGCGAGGAUGACAGCCCACGAGUAUGCUUUGGUGGUUCUACUUCCUACAGUACUGUGCAACAUGUAGAGACUCUCUUAUUGCUUUCUGAAUCCAAAAAUCUUAGAGUCAUCAGGUUUUCAAAAUGGCAGGUAGAGGAAGGGCCAGCCCUUCUCACUACCUACAGGUGGCAUCUCCAAAUCCUCUUUCCUCAGAGGACAGGUUUAUUUCAGUGUCAGGCAUCUGAGCCAACAGCAGAGACAGCCCUCAGGACUCCUUUGAUGGAGAGGUUGCAGGUCCUUUCCCAGGAAGGCAACACUGAACUGGAGAGUCCAUGAGCAUGACUUACACUCUCCAGAGAAAUGUGUGGUGCCAAGGAGAGGGGCUGUUUUUCUCCCCUCUAAAUCAAGGAGGACUACGUCUUUUUUCCUUUGGGAUAUGGUGUUUGUGCUUGUGUUUGUGUUAGUUUGGACCCAGUAUUUGGAACUGACAGUUGUCGAGUUCAGUCUCUGGAAUUGCAUCAGCACUAAGUGGGGAAAAACAUGUAAAGAGAUCCAGUCCCAAUUGUGGCAGGUAGGACAUUCUGGACACAUUUUCCCUUUAAGCUCUCCAGUUUCAUGCUUUACGAAGAAUGGAAUCCUCCUGGGAUGGUUAUCUAUGAUCUCUGGAUUCCAUUUCCCUGCUCUUUAUGGAUCUGCUGGGGAAAAUAAGAAACCGGGAGGUGUACAUUUGGGGCUGCGCUGGGCCUGGCUCUAUUCACAUCUAUGCUGACCUAGGAGCUAGGAUGUCCAGCCUUCCUGCAUUUUCUUACACAGUUCCUGAUAAGGCAGCAGAGCCCUCCAGGCCCCAGCCUCUUAGUCAGGUCCAUGGUAGCCACUGCUCCCUGCUGGGGACUGAUGGAGCAGAGAUUGGUUCAGUUUUACCAGGAUAAAUGUUCAUAUGUUGACCAGAGAUUCCCACACUCUACUUGCUGGCCAAGGAGACUGUUAAGUCCAAGUGGUUCUGAAGUCCCUGGUCUCCAACAUCGACCAUGUGACACCCCCAUGUUCCACUCACUUGUCUGAAAUAGGGAUCUCACCUGACCCAGUAGACCAAAACACAGAUGUAAACUAGGCAGAGGGGAAGCAUCUGUCAUGCAAAUGGAUGCCAAAGGAAGCAAGGGUAGGAAUACCUCUAUCCAGAGAAAACAGACUCUUAAGAAAAAAGGGGGUUGGUAGGAUAACACAAAGAAGGAAAUGGAGGCCCCGCAAUGGCACCAAUGGAACAGUAAUACAGAGGAGGUUCUCCUGACACCUGCUUCAGGAUCCCAACUCACUGAGCAAGAGUGAAGAAACCCCAUCCCUCCAGACCAAUGGACACAUCUCUGAAAUGGGUCAUUUCUCAGGAAAAGGGAAAUGCAGUCAAACAUACAAAAUAACACGGGGCGCCUGGGUGGCUCAGUGGGUUAAGCCACUGCCUUCGGCUCAGGUCAUGAUCUCAGGGUCCUGG